UCCGUUAACAGUUUGAUAUCAUUUUAAAUAUUAUUUUAUUAACUGUAAUAAGUGUUUUGAUGUAAUUUGUUAGUGCAAAGUAAAAAUGAUUAGAAGUUUAAUAAUAUUGUUAAUGAUGGGUGCCGCCGCAGCUGUACUCAAUUAUAAAUUAAAAAAUGGAAGAGAAAUGCCAGCAAUCGCUCUGGGAUCGUAUUUGGGAUUUGACGAGCGAGGCAUAGUCCGCUCCUCUAAUAAGCAACUUCGAGAUGUCAUCUUGCGAGCCAUAGAGCUGGGGUACCGCCAUUUUGAUUCGGCAUCUUUGUAUGAGACAGAGCCCGAAAUUGGCGAAGCGAUCCGUAUGAAGAUUGAAGAGGGGGAAAUAAGAAGAGAGGACGCGUUCAUUACCACCAAGUUGUGGGUCACACAGCACAGAAGAGAUCAAGUUCCUGUUGCUUUGAAGACCAGCUUGAAGAAGAUGGGUUUGGACUAUGUCGAUUUGUUUCUCAUGCACUGGCCCAUUGCUGUCAAUGAGGAUUACACCUGUAAUGAUGUGGAUUACAUGGAAACUUGGAAGGGAAUGGAAGACGCACAAAACCUGGGACUGACCAAGGCCAUCGGAGUAUCGAAUUUCAAUCGAACCCAGCUGAUUCGAUUGCUUGAUGAAGGGAGUGUUAGACCUGCAGUCCUUCAAAUAGAAAACCAUCCUCAAAUAACCGAACAGGAUCUGGUAAACUUCGCCCAGAAAGAAGGCCUUAUCGUGAUGGGGUACUCACCCCUCGGUUCACUGGUUCCAAGAUAUGGUAUGCAGUUACCUGGACCAAAGAUGGAUGACCCAAUCUUGGUGGAGAUUGCUAGGAAAUAUGGGAAGACCGUACCUCAGGUCGUUUUAAGGUGGUUGGUCGACAGAAAAGUCGUUCCCGUAACGAAAACUGUCAAAGUCAAGCGUCUGAAGGAGAAUAUAGACAUUUUCGACUUUUCACUGACAGCCGAGGAAAUAGCAAGAAUCAACAAAUUCGACGAACACAAAAGAUUCACUAUACCAUCAUUUUGGCAGGACUACCCAAAUUAUCCGUUCGAGAAGAUCGAUAAUCCAGUUGAAAAUCCAUUUGUCCAUAAAAAGUAAAAAUAAGCCUUAUUCUAAAUAAUAAAAAAAAUAACACAGACAAGAAAUUGCGCCCAAGUCCUCGUCCAAGAUUCAGAAAGUCAAAGUUGACAUAUUGUACAAAAUAGGUGUUAUUUUUAAGGGCGUGAAAUAGAUAAAAAUUAAAGCGAUAACUUUAUUUAUAGCCUCUCUAAAUACACUCUUAAGUGAACCACUCCACUGACACUUCACUAUUCAAACACAAUUUUACAGAAAGAGACAAAAGAGUGCUAUUAGACUGAGUCUAUAAAUGAAGUUUAGUAAUAAAUAACAAAAGCGAGUGGUGCGAUGCAGUUUUAGCUGCGCGCCAUUACAGAGCAACAAUGUAAGCUGCUUCAUGUGAACUAAGGUGUGAUUUUCUAUACUUUGAUUGACAUCUCAUUAAAUGUUUUAAAUAUAUUACUACCACGUCAACCGCAAAAGUUACUCAAAUAUAAGGGCAAUGAUUAUAUUAGUAACCUUUCAAUUUUAAGAAGACUAAAAUAUAAUAAUUUCGGUUUCUAGGUUCUAAUAAUAUCAAUAAAAUUGUUUACUGGUUAAUUGUUUUAAAUACUUAUAAUAAUUUAUAAUAAAAUAGUAGAACAUUGCAUUCAAUAAAACUCCCG